UUUUUUUUUUUCUUUCCUUUUUUUUCCGGAGCUGAGGACCGAACCCAGGGCGUUGAGCUUGCUAGGCAAGCGCUCUACCACUGAGCUAAAUCCCCAACCCCCAGCUGCAAGAACUCUUAACUGCGAGCCAUCUUUCUAGCAAGAAGAGACUAAUUUUAAUAGUCUAGUAUAAUCUGUUCUGCUCAUUGUUAAGUCACAAAACAGGCCCCCAAAAGGCAAUGCUGCUGACAAUGUCCUAAUGACCGCCUCGAUUCUUAUGCAUACAGAAACCUAAAAUCAUCCUUGCUCAAAACCUGGUGAAGCCUCUUUCUGUUUGUCAGAAAAGCCACCACUUCCCUUCUCUGCCCUUAACCGUCAACUACCCCGGGAAGGUGCAUCUCAUCAUGUGACGCUAAUAUUCCCACUCUGGUUUAUUUAAGUAGAAAAUCACUGUCCAAUAUUCACCUUUAUUCUAUGGAAACCGGAGGCAAUAAUGAAGUUUAUCUCUUUAGAAGGAAAUCAACUGUGGACUAGAUGUAGUCCCGAAAAGGUCGGAUUCUUAUGGCCCUGUCUGCAGUACUGCCAUUUUGGGUCCGUUUUGUGACGUAGCAAUAGUGAAAUAUACAGAUUUUUCUGGGGAAGGGAGUUUUUCACAAUCGUGUGCGACAUGGUCACGUGGUCUCAAGGGCAGGCGGUUUGGGGUGACAACGAGCAGGCGCGUCAGACUGCAACGAGGCGCACAGUGAUGACGCACGUCGCACGCACUGUCCCUAUCCGCUCGCGACGGAGCUGCGUCACCGGUGUUCGGCGCUCACCUCCUGGAGACCGCAGCCGCUGUAGGCCCCAGAGCUGGCCUGCCGCUCCCGGGGAGCCUGGUCGGCGGCACGAUGAGGCGCAGCAAGGCCGAGGUGGAGCGGUACAUCGCCUCGGUGCAGGGCUCCGCCCCGUCGCCCCGAGAGAAGUCAAUGAAAGGAUUUUAUUUUGCAAAGCUGUACUAUGAAGCUAAAGAAUAUGAUCUUGCCAAAAAAUACAUUUCUACGUAUAUUAAUGUGCAAGAGAGGGACCCUAAAGCCCACAGAUUUUUGGGUCUUCUUUAUGAAAUUGAAGAAAAUACAGACAAAGCUGUAGAAUGUUAUAAGCGUUCAGUGGAAUUAAACCCAACGCAAAAAGAUCUUGUGUUGAAGAUUGCAGAAUUGCUUUGUAAAAACGAUGUGACCGAUGGAAGAGCAAAGUACUGGGUUGAGAGAGCGGCCAAACUGUUUCCAGGAAGCCCUGCCAUCUAUAAGUUAAAGGAACAACUUUUAGACUGUAAAGGUGAAGAUGGAUGGAAUAAACUUUUUGACUUGAUUCAAUCAGAACUUUAUGCAAGACCUGAUGAUGUUCAUGUAAAUAUUCGACUAGUAGAGCUUUAUCGUUCAAAUAAAAGAUUGAAGGAUGCCGUGGCCCACUGCCAUGAGGCAGACAGGAACAUGGCUUUACGUUCAAGUUUAGAAUGGAAUUCAUGUGUUGUCCAGACUCUUAAGGAAUAUCUGGAAUCUCUGCAGUGUUUGGAUUCUGAUAAAAGUACUUGGAGAGCAACCAAUAAAGACUUACUUCUAGCCUAUUCCAACCUUAUGCUACUUACACUUUCCACCAGAGAUGUGCAGGAAAGUAGAGAGCUAUUGGAGAGUUUUGAUAGUGCUCUUCAGUCUGUGAAAUCUUCUGUGGGUGGAAAUGACGAGCUAUCAGCUACGUUCCUAGAAACGAAAGGACAUUUCUACAUGCAUGUUGGCUCUCUGCUUUUGAAGAUGGGGCAGCAGAGUGACAUCCAGUGGCGAGCUCUUUCUGAGCUGGCUGCAUUGUGCUAUCUCAUUGCAUUUCAGGUUCCAAGACCAAAGGUUAAAUUAAUAAAAGGAGAAACUGGACAAAAUCUACUGGAAAUGAUGGCCCACGAUCGCCUUAGCCAGUCAGGGCACAUGUUGUUAAACUUAAGUCGUGGCAAGCAAGACUUUCUGAAGGAAGUUGUGGAAUCUUUUGCUAACAAAAGUGGCCAGUCUGCUCUCUGUGAUGCUCUGUUUUCUAGUCAGUCAUCCAAGGAUAGAUCUUUUCUUGGUAACGAUGAUAUUGGAAACCUGGAUGGGCAAGUACCAGACCUAGAUGACUUGGCUAGAUAUGAUACUGGAGCUGUUCGAGCACAUAGUGGUAGUCUUCAGCACCUUACCUGGCUUGGCUUACAGUGGAACUCACUGCCUACUUUACCAGCAAUUCGAAAAUGGUUAAAACAGCUCUUCCACCAUUUGCCUCAGGAGACAUCAAGGCUUGAAACAAAUGCACCUGAAUCAAUAUGUAUUUUAGAUCUUGAAGUAUUCUUACUCGGAGUAAUAUAUACCAGUCACUUACAACUAAGGGAGAAGAGUAAUUCUCACCACACUUCCUAUCAGCCAUUGUGUUUGCCACUUCCAGUGUGCAGACAGCUUUGUACAGAAAGACAGAAGUCCUGGUGGGAUGCAGUUUGUACUCUGAUUCACAGAAAGGCAUUACCUGGAACCUCAGCAAAAUUGCGACUUCUAGUUCAACGUGAAAUAAACAGUCUGAGAGGCCAGGAAAAGCACGGCCUACAACCUGCUCUGCUUGUGCAUUGGGCACAGAGUCUUCAGAAAACAGGCAGCAGUCUUAAUUCUUUUUAUGAUCAACGGGAAUACAUAGGCAGAAGUGUUCAUUAUUGGAGGAAAGUCUUACCAUUGUUGAAGAUGAUCAGAAAGAAGAAUAGUAUUCCUGAACCUAUUGAUCCUCUGUUUAAACAUUUCCAUAGUGUGGAUAUUCAGGUAUCUGAAAUUGGCGAAUAUGAAGAAGAUGCACACAUAACUUUUGCUAUAUUGGAUGCUGUUAACGGAAACAUAGAAGAUGCCAUGACUGCUUUUGAAUCUAUUAAAAAUGUAGUUUCUUAUUGGAAUCUUGCACUGAUUUUUCACAGGAAAGCAGAAGAUAUUGAAAAUGAUGCCUUGUCUCCUGAAGAACAAGAAGAGUGCAAAAAUUAUCUGAGAAAGACUAGGGACUACCUGAUAAAGAUUUUAGAUGAUAGUGAUUCAAAUAUUUCCGUGGUUCAGAAAUUGCCUGUCCCCCUUGAGUCUGUAAAAGAGAUGCUGAACUCAGUUAUGCAGGAACUUGAAGACUACAGUGAAGGAGGUACUCUUUAUAAAAAUGGUUGCUUUCGAAGUGCUGAUUCAGAGUUAAAGCAUUCAACACCAUCUCCUACCAAAUAUUCUCUAUCACCAAGUAAAAGUUACAAGUAUUCGCCAAAAACACCACCUCGAUGGGCAGAAGAUCAAAAUUCUUUAUUGAAAAUGAUCUGCCAGCAAGUAGAGGCCAUUAAGAAAGAAAUGCAGGAAUUGAAGCUAAAUAGCAACAAUUCUGCAUCCCCUCAUCGCUGGCCUGCAGAACAUUACCGACAAGACCCAGUUCCUGAUGGGUAUCAGGGGUCACAAACUUUUCAUGGGGCUCCACUAACAGUUGCAACUACUGGCCCUUCAGUAUAUUAUAGUCAGUCACCUGCAUAUAAUUCCCAGUAUCUUCUCAGACCAGCAGCUAAUGUAACUCCCACAAAGGGUCCAGUUUAUGGCAUGAAUAGGCUUCCACCUCAACAACAUAUUUAUGCAUAUUCACAACAGAUGCACACACCACCAGUGCAAAGUUCAUCUUCUUGUAUGUUCUCUCAGGAAAUGUAUGGUCCUCCCUUGCGUUUUGAGUCUCCUGCAACAGGAAUUCUAUCACCCAGGGGUGAUGAUUACUUUAAUUACAAUGUUCAGCAGACAAGCACAAAUCCACCUUUGCCAGAACCAGGGUAUUUCACAAAGCCUCCACUUGUAGCUCAUGCUUCAAGAUCGGGAGAAUCAAAGGUUAUAGAAUUUGGAAAAUCCAAUUUUGUUCAGCCCAUGCAGGGUGAAGUAAUAAGGCCACCUUUGGCAACACCAGCACAUACAACACAGCCAACUCCCUUUAAAUUUAACUCAAAUUUCAAAUCAAAUGACGGUGACUUCACAUUUUCAUCACCACAGGUAGUGACACAGUCUCCUUCAACAGCUUACAGUAACAGUGAAAGUCUUUUAGGUCUCCUGACCUCAGAUAAACCUUUACAAGGAGAUGGCUAUAGUGGACUAAAACCAAUAUCAGCUCAAACUGGUGGGUCUCGGAAUACAUUCAGUUUUGGAAGCAAAAGUACACUUACAGAAAACAUGGGCCCAAAUCAGCAGAAAAAUUUUGGUUUUCGUCGAAGUGAUGAUAUGUUUACUUUUCACGGUCCAGGAAAGUCCAUAUUUACAACACCUACUUCAGAACUGGCAAAUAAAAGUCAUGAAACAGAUGGAGGAAGUGCUCAUGGAGAUGAAGAGGAUGAUGGUCCUCACUUUGAGCCUGUGGUACCUCUUCCUGACAAGAUAGAAGUAAAAACGGGUGAGGAAGAUGAAGAAGAAUUCUUUUGCAAUCGUGCAAAGUUGUUCCGUUUUGAUGGUGAAUCCAAAGAAUGGAAGGAACGUGGGAUAGGCAAUGUAAAAAUACUAAGGCACAAAACAUCUGGUAAAAUUCGCCUUCUGAUGAGACGAGAGCAAGUAUUAAAGAUCUGUGCAAAUCAUUAUAUAAGCCCCGAUAUGAAACUGACACCAAAUGCUGGCUCAGAUAGAUCUUUUGUAUGGCAUGCCCUUGAUUAUGCAGAUGAAUUGCCCAAACCAGAACAGCUUGCAAUUAGAUUCAAAACUCCUGAGGAAGCAGCACUAUUUAAGUGUAAAUUUGAAGAGGCCCAGAACAUUUUAAAAGCCUUAGGAACAAAUGCCUCUACAGCAGCAAAUCAUACUCUUAGAAUUGUCAAAGAACCUGCAACUCAGGAUAACAAGGACAUUUGCAAAUCUGAUGGUGGAAACUUGAACUUUGAAUUCCAGAUUGUAAAGAAGGAAGGGCCUUUCUGGAAUUGUAACAGCUGCUCGUUUAAGAAUGCUGCAACUGCUACGAAAUGUGUAUCAUGCCAAAAUACAAAACCAACGAAUGGCAAAGAGCUCCUAGGUUCACCAUUAGUUGAAAAUGGCUUUGCUUCUAAAACUGGCCCAGAAAAUGUUCAAGAUCGAUUUGCAUUGAUGACUCCAAAUAAAGAAGGUCACUGGGAUUGCAGUGUUUGUUUAGUAAGAAACGAACCCACUGUAUCUAGGUGCAUUGCAUGUCAGAACACAAAGUCUGCUAACAAAAAUGGGUCUUCCUUUGCUCAAACUUCUUUCAAAUUUGGCCAGGGAGAUCUUUCUAAGUCUGCUGACAGUGACUUCAGGUCUGUGUUUUCUAAAAAAGAAGGUCAGUGGGAUUGCAGUAUAUGCCUAGUCCGAAAUGAAGCAAGCUCUACAAAAUGUGUUGCUUGUCAGAACCCAGCAAAACAGGCUCCUGUCUCAUCACCUGCUUCUUUUAAGGCUGGCACUUCAGAUGUAAGUAAAACUUCAAAGAGUGGAUUUGAUGACAUGUUUGCUAAGAAAGAAGGACAGUGGGAUUGUAGUUUGUGCUCAGUGAGAAAUGAAGCAAAUGCUGUAAAGUGUGUUGCUUGUCAGAAUCCAGUUAAACCCAGUUCAUCUACCACUGUUACAGUACUUCCCUCUUUCAAGUUUGGUACCUCAGAGAUGACUAAGCCUCCCAGGAGUGGAUUUGAGGGCAUGUUCGCCAAGAAGGAAGGACAAUGGGAUUGCAGCUUGUGUUUUGUCCGAAAUGAAGCAAGUGCUUCUCAAUGUAUUGCUUGUCAGAAUCCAAAUAAGCAGAAUCAGCCUACAUCUGCUGUAUCAGCUCCUGCCUCUUCAGAGACAAGCAAAUCUCCAAAGUGUGGUUUUGAAGGCUUGUUUACCAGAAAGGAAGGCGAGUGGGAGUGUACUGUUUGUUCUGUACAAAAUGAGAGCUCUUCCCUAAAAUGUGUGUCUUGUGAUGCCUCCAAGCCAACUCAUAAGCCUAUUGCAGAAGCUCCUUCAGCUUUCACAGUGGGCUCAAAGUCACAGUUAAAUGAAUCUGCAGGAAGUCAAGUGGGAACAGAAUUCAAAAGUAACUUUCCAGAAAAGAAUUUUAAAGUUGGCAUAUCAGAGCAGAAAUUUAAAUUUGGGCAUGUGGAUCAAGAAAAAACACCCUCCUUCACCUUUCAGGGUUCUUCUAAUACAGAAUUUAAGUCAAUCAAGGAUGGAUUUAGUUUUUGCAUUCCUGUAUCUGCUGAUGGGUUUAAGUUUGGCAUUCAGGAGAAGGGAAAUCAAGAGAAGAAGAGUGAGAAACAUCUUGAAAAUGAUCCUGGUUUCCAAGCUCAUGAUACUAGUGGUCAGAAGAAUGGUAGUGGUGUGGUCUUUGGUCAGACAAGCAGCACCUUCACCUUUGCAGAUCUUGCAAAGUCAACUUCAAGAGAAGGAUUUCAGUUUGGCAAGAAAGACCCUAAUUUCAAGGGAUUUUCAGGUGCAGGAGAAAAAUUAUUCUCAUCACAAAGUGGCAAAGUGGCUGAGAAAGCAAAUACUUCUGAUCUUGAGAAAGAUGACGAUGCCUAUAAGACCGAGGACAGCGAUGACAUCCAUUUUGAACCAGUAGUGCAGAUGCCGGAAAAAGUGGAACUUGUAACAGGGGAAGAAGAUGAAAAAGUUUUGUAUUCUCAAAGGGUGAAAUUAUUUAGAUUUGAUGCUGAGAUAAGUCAGUGGAAAGAAAGAGGUUUGGGGAACUUAAAAAUUCUCAAAAAUGAAGUCAAUGGUAAACUAAGAAUGCUGAUGCGAAGAGAACAAGUACUAAAAGUUUGUGCCAAUCAUUGGAUAACCACUACGAUGAACCUGAAGCCUCUCUCAGGGUCAGAUAGAGCAUGGAUGUGGCUAGCCAGUGAUUUCUCAGAUGGCGAUGCUAAACUGGAACAAUUGGCUGCAAAGUUUAAAACGCCAGAACUAGCUGAAGAAUUCAAGCAGAAAUUUGAGGAGUGUCAAAGACUUCUCUUAGACAUUCCACUUCAGACACCCCAUAAACUUGUAGAUACUGGCAGGGCUGCUAAAUUAAUACAAAGAGCUGAGGAAAUGAAGAGCGGACUGAAAGAUUUCAAAACAUUUUUGACAAAUGAUCAAGCAAAAGUGACUGAGGAAGAGAACACAAGUUCAGGUGCAGAUGCUUCCAGUGCCUCAGACACUACAGUCAAGCAAAACCCUGAUAACACUGGGCCCGCCUUAGAAUGGGAUAACUAUGACUUACGGGAAGACGCCUUGGAUGACAGUGUCAGCAGCAGCUCAGUUCAUGCUUCUCCAUUGGCAAGCAGCCCUGUGCGGAAAAACCUCUUCCGCUUUGGUGAGUCAACUACAGGAUUUAACUUCAGUUUUAAAUCUGCUCUGAGUCCAUCUAAGUCUCCUGCCAAGUUGAACCAGAGUGGAACUUCAGUUGGCACUGAUGAAGAGUCUGAUGUUACUCAAGAAGAAGAGAGAGAUGGACAGUACUUUGAACCUGUUGUUCCCUUACCUGAUCUAAUUGAAGUAUCCAGUGGUGAGGAAAAUGAACAAGUUGUUUUUAGUCACAGAGCAAAGCUCUACAGAUAUGAUAAAGAUGUUGGUCAGUGGAAAGAAAGAGGCAUUGGAGAUAUAAAAAUUUUACAGAAUUACGAUAAUAAACAGGUUCGCAUAGUGAUGAGAAGGGACCAGGUAUUAAAACUUUGUGCCAAUCAUAGGAUAACUCCAGAUAUGACUUUGCAAACUAUGAAAGGGACUGAAAGAGUAUGGGUGUGGACUGCAUGUGAUUUUGCAGAUGGAGAAAGAAAAAUAGAACAUUUAGCUGUUCGUUUUAAACUACAAGAUGUUGCAGACUCAUUUAAGAAAAUUUUUGAUGAAGCAAAAACAGCACAAGAAAAAGAUUGUUUGAUAACACCUCAUGUUUCUCAUCUGAGCACCCCUAGAGAGUCACCAUGUGGCAAAAUUGCUAUUGCUGUCUUAGAAGAAACCACAAGAGAAAGGACAGAUUUAACUCAAGGAGAUGAGGUAGUAGAUACAACUUCAGAGGCUGGAGAAACAUCUAGCACUUCUGAAACAACACCAAAAGCAGUAGUUUCUCCUCCUAAGUUUGUAUUUGGCUCUGAAUCUGUUAAAAGCAUUUUUAGUAGUGAAAAAUCAAAGCCAUUUGCAUUUGGCAACAGUUCAGCCACUGGUUCUUUGUUUGGAUUUAGUUUUAAUGCACCUUUGAAAAAUAGCAAUAGUGAAAUUAGUUCAAUAGUCCAGAGUGGAUCUGAAGGGAAAGUAGACCCUGACAAAGGCGAGCUGCCACCGAACUCUGACAUCAAGCAAUCUUCUGAUGGCAAAGUCAAGAAUCUCAUUGCCUUUUCAAAAGAGACCUCUUCAACGUUUAAAACACCAGAAAAGGGAUUUAAUUUUAGCCUUUUUAAAUCUAAUCCAAUGGCCUUUUGGACCAGCAUCCCUACCUCACAACCUGAGAGCAAAGCCCGAGAGAAGAAUAAACCUGAAGAUCCUCCCUCAGAUACUGAUAUUCUCAUUGUGUAUGAACUCACUCCCACUCCUGAGCAGAAAGCCCUUGCAGAGAAACUUCUGCUUCCUUCAACUUUCUUUUGUUAUAAGAAUAGGCCAGGUUAUGUUAGUGAAGAAGAGGAGGAUGAUGAAGAUUUUGAAAUGGCCGUCAAGAAACUUAAUGGAAAACUCUAUGUGGAUGACUCAGAAAAACCAUUGGAAGAAAAUCUAGCAGAUAAUGACAAAGAAUGUGUUAUUGUUUGGGAGAAGAAGCCAACAGUUGAAGAGAGAGCAAAAGCAGAUACUUUAAAGCUUCCGCCUACAUUUUUCUGUGGAGUCUGCAGUGACACUGAUGAGGACAAUGGAAAUGGGGAGGAUUUUCAGUCAGAGCUUCGGAAAGUUCAGGAAGCUCAGAAAUCCCAGAGUGAGAAAGUGACUAACACAGUUGGUAUUGAGCAGACAGGUGAGACUGAAGCAACAAACCCCGAUGGCUCUAAGUCUGAAGAACCCGAUUCCGAUACCAAACACAGUAGCUCAUCUCCUGUCCCUGGGACUAUGGACAAGCCUGUAGAUUUGUCCACUAAAAAAGAAACUGACAUGGAAUUCCCAAGCCAAGGGGAAAGCAAGACUGUUUUGUUUGGAUUUGGAAGUGGUACAGGCCUGUCAUUUGCAGACUUGGCUUCAAGUAAUUCUGGAGAUUUUGCUUUUGGUCCUAAAGAUAAAAAUUUCCAGUGGGCAAACACUGGAGCAGCUGUGUUUGGAACACAGUCUACAAGUAAAGAUGGUGACGAUGAAGAUGGCAGUGAUGAAGACGUAGUUCACAAUGAGGACAUCCACUUUGAACCCAUAGUCUCCUUACCAGAGGUAGAAGUGAAAUCUGGAGAAGAAGAUGAAGAAGUUUUGUUCAAAGAGAGAGCCAAACUUUAUAGAUGGGAUAGAGAUGUCAGUCAGUGGAAGGAGAGAGGUAUUGGAGAUAUAAAGAUUCUUUGGCAUUCAGUGAAGAAUUAUUAUCGGAUCCUAAUGAGAAGAGACCAAGUUUUUAAAGUGUGUGCAAACCAUGUUAUUACCAAAGCCAUGGAAUUAAAACCUUUAAAUUUUUCAAACAAUGCUUUAGUUUGGACUGCCUCAGAUUAUGCUGAUGGAGAAGCAAAAAUAGAACAGCUUGCAGUGAGAUUUAAGACAAAGGAAAUAACUGAGUGUUUUAAGAAAAAAAUUGAAGAAUGUCAACAAAAUAUAAUGAAACUCCAGAAUGGACAAGUAUCCCUUGCAGCGGAAUUAUCUAAGGAGACCAAUCCUGUGGUGUUUUUUGAUGUUUGUGUGGAUGGUGAACCUCUAGGACGGAUAAUCAUGGAAUUAUUUUCAAAUAUUGUUCCUCAAACUGCUGAGAACUUCAGAGCAUUAUGCACUGGAGAGAAGGGCUUUGGUUUUAAGAACUCCAUUUUUCACCGAGUAGUUCCAGAUUUUAUUUGCCAAGGAGGAGAUAUUACCAAAUACAAUGGAACAGGAGGACAGUCCAUUUAUGGAGAUAAAUUUGACGAUGAAAACUUUGAUCUAAAACACACUGGUCCUGGCUUACUAUCCAUGGCCAAUUGCGGCCAGAAUACCAACAGUUCUCAGUUUUUUAUAACACUGAAGAAAGCAGAACAUUUGGACUUUAAGCAUGUAGUGUUUGGGUUUGUUAAGGAUGGCAUGGAUACUGUGAGAAAGAUUGAAUCAUUUGGUUCUCCUAAAGGGUCUGUUAGUAGAAGAAUUUGUAUCACAGAAUGUGGACAGCUAUAAAAUAAUUUUUCACAGUGGAUUUUAUCUAUAUAAGCAGUUGAAUUUAUGCUUAAUUGUUACACAGUAUAGUAAUUAUGUUCACCUUUUGAAAACAGACGUUUCUGAUGUAUAAAUGUAAAAUUGUAGCUUAUAGCUGUUGUCACUUUUUAGUGUGUAAUUGAUCUUGCAUGGUGUGAAAUAAAAGUUUAAACACUGGUGUAUUUCAGGUGUACUUGUUUUUAUGUACUCCUGACAUAUCUGUAUUAGAAUGGCUAAUACUAAUUUUGUUAAAAGCAAUAGAAUUUCCCAGACUAUUGAAGGAAUAUGAUAUAUGCAAUCUUAUUUUAAUUCCUGUUAAGAUAUCUGGACUUCUUGCAUGGUACUUACUGAAUAAGGGGACCACAAUGCAGAUAACUUUAUUUUAGAUUUGAAAUAUAUAUGUAUAUAUAUAAAACUAUUCCUGUGCUCAUCUAUGUAUAGACUCAACUUAUGAAUAAUAGAGCCACAGAAGAUGAGAGUUAACCAAAGUGCUCUUCUGGAAUUUUUAUGCUCCUGUAUAGUUAAAAUUAACUUUUAAGUAGGAUACUGUCUUUUCUUAAGAAGUGUUGUGCUCUUUUGAAGACAUUAAUUUUUACAUUUUAAAUAAGUCGAUUAUUUCCUUAGCUAGCUUUCUCUCCUUCUUCCUUCCCAUCCUCCUUUCUUCUCUAUUUUCUUCCUUCUUUCCAUUCACUUUUCUGUUACCUGUCUCUACUACCUCAGAAACUUCAGCUUGGUCCUGAUGAUAGAAUUGAAUUUUUCUCUAGUUCUUGUGAUAAAGUAUCAAUAUUUUUUAAAAGAUCGAUACCAUGUUCUUUGGUUAAAGAUUUGCUUUAUAUUAGAUUGUUGCAGUACCUUUUUCUGGUGAAUUUUGUAGCAGAAAUAAAGUGAUGAUUGAUAAGUCAUGACAUUUAAAA